CCCAGAGACUUGGCUCGUACCAAUAAACUUGCAUUUUCCCCCUUGUUUUUUUGUAGUUAUGUGCGUACUCCGUAGUAAAGAAUAGAUCCCCGGCUUUCCGUCCCACCUUCGAUCUACCCAGAUCUCUCUUUUCUUUCUUACCUUUUGCAUUCGCUUUUUUUGACUGUAAAGUUUGACAUCGAAAACACUCUUUUUUAAAUCCCAUUUGGACUUUUCUUUUCCGGUCCUGUCUUCCUUUGGUGGGAGGGUUUAGUUCAGUUGAGGUCUGAUGCUUGUGUCGCUCGCUUACAAGCUACCUCGAUUGACCACCAUAUCACGACAUCGCCUCAUAUCGACACCGAUUUUUGUAGAGGAUUCAUAUUUUAUCUCGGCGACACCAUGUUUUCGUCGCCGACAGCGUUUGUGGCCCAGGCUGUGCUUCUGGGAGGUCUUCUCGUUCAAUCGGUCGACGCACAGUAUUACAAGAUCGGAACAAAGGAUGAGAUUAAGCAAUCGGCGCGAACACUUGCGUAUGAUCUCAUGUUGCAAUAUGACGGUAACCAGACUGGCAUGAUUCCCGGUAUCUUGCCCGGUCCUCCCACGGAAUACAAGGGCGACUACUACUGGUGGGAAGGCGGAGCGAUGAUGGGAACAUAUAUCGACUACUGGAAGCUCACCGGCGACGAGAGCUACAACCACGUAGUGAUGGAGGGCAUGCUUCACCAAACAGGCGAUGGCCACGAUUACAUGCCCAGCAACCACAGCGCAUCCCUCGGAAACGACGACCAAGGCUUCUGGGGCAUGUCCGCCAUGCUCGCAGCAGAGAACAAAUUCCCCAACCCACCCGACGACCAGCCCCAAUGGCUCGCCCUCGCACAGGCCGUAUGGACGACGCAGGCUAAGCCAGAGCGACACGAUGACGAGUGUAACGGUGGAAUGCGAUGGCAGAUUCCCUUUACCAACUCUGGAUACGAUUACAAGAACACGAUUGCUAACGGAUGCUUCUUUAACCUUGGGGCUCGUCUUGCGCGAUAUACUGGCAAUGAAACGUAUGCGAAAUACGCUGAGGAGACGUGGGAGUGGCUCUGGGGCGUCAACUACAUCGAUCACGAAAAGUGGCUGGUGUAUGAUGGCGGACACGUCGGCAAGAACUGUACCGACAUCAACAAGGCCACCUUUUCCUACAACGCCGCCAUCCUCAUCCAGGGCGCUGCGUUCAUGUACAACUUUACCAACGGUUCCACUGUAUGGGAGGACCGCAUCGACAAGCUCCUCGACGCGACGCUCAAGAACUUCUUCCCCAAGGACAUCAUGUACGAAGUCCCCUGCGAGGGCCGCAAGGGCGCCUGCUCAACCGACAUGUUAUCCUUCAAGGGCUACGUGCACCGCUGGCUCGCCGUAACAACACAAGUCGCGCCCUUUACAGCAGAGCGCAUCCUCCCCGUGCUGCAGACAUCAACCGAAGCAGCCGUCAAGCAAUGCACAGGCGGAGAUUCAGGUCGCAAAUGCGGUUUCUACUGGAGCGGUGGUGAAUUCGUAGAUCCAGCUGUUGACGAGACGAGCGGUGCGGGCGAGCAGAUGAAUGUGCUGGCUGCGGUGUCGAGUCUGUUGAUUGGUGAUGCGGAACCGCCUGCGACGAACAGCACGGGUGGUAUUUCGAAGGGUGAUCCAAAGGCGGGAGAGGAUUCGCAUGAUAAUCCGGAGCCGGAGCCGAUUACGACGGCGGAUCGGGCGGGAGCGGGUAUCCUGACGUUCUUGGUGCUUGCGAGUGCGGUUGGAACGUUUGGAUGGAUGUGUUUUGACUGAGCGAUUGAAAGCUUUUUGAGUAUGGCGUUGGUUUGUAAACAUGUAUAAGAAAACUCGACUGGGCGAGCGAGGAUUAUAUUUUUUUGUUUGUUCUUUUGUUGGAGAAUGGAGUUGGCCCGUGUCCCAGGGAUUGUCAAGACCUUGAUGGGAGAUACCCAGCGAAAGGCAGCAUUCUGAUAGAUAUUUAAAUACAGAUGCUUGAUAAGUUACUCUCAUUUUUGUGCUUGUCUUGACCUUUGGAC